AUGUCUAUUUCUCCAUUUAAAUGGCCGCUCUGGUGGCGUGUCUCGGUGCUGAUCAAUGUCAGUUUCUAUAACCUCCUCGGAAACGCAUGGUGCUCUGGCCUAUCCCCAAUCUUUGGGUUGAUCAUUCAAGAUCUGCACUGCUCCCAAACUCAGGCUUCAGCUUUGGCUACAUACGCUUUGUUAGCUCUUGGUCUUUCUAAUCUAUUUGCCCUCCCCAUGGCAUCACUUAUCGGCAAGAGAUUCACCGUCCUCGGGUCGCUCGUCCUAUUUAUCGCUUGCAACAUCUGGUCCUCCGAAGCCACCAGUUACGAAUCUUUACGCAACUCACGAAUCGUAGGUGGUUUAGCUGGUGGUUUGGUCGAGGCACUCGGUCCCAUUAUCGUUGCCGAGACAUUCCCAACCCAUCACCUUGCCAGAGCCAUGGUUGUAUACGUGGGCUUCCUUGCAGCGGGCUCUGCAAUUGGACCCCUUGUUGCUGGGGCAGUGGGAGUCGGUUUGGGAAGUUGGAGGUGGUAUCUCAGAAUACUUUCUAUUAUGACAGGCGCCAACCUCGUUGCGUCUAUCCUGAUGUUGCCAGAGACGACUCACGAUCUAGACGAACUCCAUUUACCUGCAGAUGCUGUCUCAGGUGACGAUAUUACGGGACAAAAGCCGAGCACCACAUCGAUCGAGGAUGUUCGAACUCCCUCACUUGUUGAGACUACCCCUUCAAUCGACCUUGGGAAGGAGUAUAUGUCUAGAUCAUUCAGCGCCGACUAUGUUCCAUUACGGUGGAGAGAAAUGCCACGUCGUCUCAUCCAGCCCCUCCAACUGUUAUCUGCACCACAAGUUCUGGUUACAGUCUACGUUUUUGGCCUGACAAUUGGCUGGACUGUCAUCAUUUCCAUAAUCGUUGCUGUUGUCUAUGCAUCUCCUCCAUUGCUGUGGGAUUCGCGUUCGAUCGGUCUACUAAACAUCUCAUCUCUGAUUGGCCUUCUCGCUGGUCUCCCAGUUGGUGGCUACUUUGCAGAUCUCUUGUUUAUUCGAUCAACACGUGGACACACCAGAGAGCCGGAUCCGAGAAGCAGAUUACCCAUCAUGGCUCUAGGUGCACUUGUCAGCCCAUCUGGCUGCUUGAUUCUUGGAUACGGACUAAGACAUCCCGAAUCCUGGGUUUUGGUCUGUGUGGGAUGGUGUCUCCUUGGCUUUGGGCUGACCGGUGCAGCAAACGUUCUUCUUACGUAUUCUGCCAAUAGCAUACCAUCGCGGACUGGAGACAUUGGGGUAUUGGUAAAUGUCAUGAAGAAUUGCUUGGCUUUUAGUGUUUCGUAUGCUUCUCUUCCUUGGAUGCAGGCAAUGGGUUCAGUGAAGCAGUUUGCUAUCAUGGCUGCUCUUCUUUGGUUUGGGUAUCUUUUGACGAUUCCUGUUUGGCUUUGGAGUAAAUUCCUGAUUCGCAAAAGUGCUAUGUAUAUCGAAUGA